AUGAAUGUCUCGGCAUCGCUCCGGGCUUCCUUCUACGGGCCCAAUGGCCUACUCGGCCUGCCUCCUCAAUCGAAGCGCGAUACGAUGGCCGGCGACGUCAAAGCUCUCCGAUGGCGUAGUACUCUCGUACCGAUCAACUACGUCGAUUAUAACUCAUACUGCCGGCAGAUAAAAGAGGAGGUUAACCGAGAAUCCAUCUCUGUCUUCUUCUCAGUCCUCUUUUUCGUCCCCGGCGGCGCUCUAACCUUGGUAACGGGGUGGGAUGCUGAUAAAGGCAUCUUUGAGCCCGUCAAAUUAAGACUGAGGACUGAGGAUGGUAGUACCAAGACAUAUAAGCCGGCCUUGCUUGGCAGCAGCGCGUGGUUAUGGAUACCCGCAAUUGCGGAUUUGAAAGCAGCAGCAUUUUGGAGUUCUGUUGGCUCCAUCGGCUUUGCACUUACCGGCUUUGCCCUUUUUAUGGAGGAUAUAAAUACUUCAACAAUUGCUAAUUUUGUUGGUUCAUGGACAUUUUUGAUUGGUUCUAUCUUCCAGUGGUAUGAUCUCAUGGCAUUCCACCCAGACGACUGGGCGACUUGA